AGCAAUUUCUCUCAAUACAGAAAAUUAUCAAUGGCAUCAACCAAAUCAAUCAUCACUGCUUUACUUCUUGUUGUAACAAUGUCAAGCAUGAUCCUGGAAGCUCGCCAACUUUUACAGACAACCACACAACCAAAUUUUCCCGGCAUUCCAACUUUACCAAAGCCAACAGCAUUGCCACCUUUGCCUUCAAUUUCAACAUUACCUCAAGCAAAUCUUCCUCCAUUACCUACUACAAUUCCAUCUCUUCCUAAACUCACUAUACCACCACUUCCUACCUUUCCUACAAAUAUUCCAACUCUCAACAUUCCACCAUUGCCAGCAAUCACUUCACUUCCCAACAUUCCCACCUCAAUCCCGACCACUUUCCCCUCCAUCCCAUUUCUCACCCCACCACCUUCUUCAACCUCUAGCCCUUAAACACUUUAUUACAAGUUGCAUAAUGUAAUCAGCUAAAUGUUUGCAAUAUGGACAUUAUUGCUUCAUUUCUUUAUUGUGCGUGAUGAAAUAGUAGGAGGUUAUAAUUAUAGUAAUAUCUUUGUUGUAUUGUAUUGUAUGGUGUGAAAAAGUCUUUGUAUUUUCUCUUUUUUUUACCAGUUUAGCACUAUAUAUGUUUUGUAUUUUUGAAUUUAAUUGAUGUUGGACCACAC